GCACCGGAAACACAGGGGGAUGGGUCGGCGGUGACGCGAUUCUGUCCGCGUUGGAGGGGCCGGGCUGCUGCCGGAGUCGCAGCGGCCGUCGCGUGACGUGGCACAGCAGGAUCCUUAAGGCCAGACCCGGAGCUGCCGCGCCAGUCGCCCAGUAGGUCCUCGUUCCGCUAAUUCUUGUCCCGAAGCUUUAUCCGACACACCUACCGGCGAGACGUUCCUGCCGCCCUCUUUCUUCCUCAGCUCUUUAUCUUCCCUCUCCUUCAGUUUGCCGGGAGCAGGUAAAGAGAAGGCCUGGGGACGCUCCAAACCCCUUCUGCCCAUCGCAAGUGCCACUUAGCGCCAUGGGUCUCACCAUCUCUUCUCUCUUCUCCCGCCUCUUCGGCAAGAAGCAGAUGCGCAUUUUGAUGGUUGGAUUGGAUGCUGCUGGCAAGACAACCAUUCUGUAUAAACUGAAGUUGGGGGAGAUAGUUACCACCAUUCCUACCAUUGGUUUUAAUGUGGAAACAGUAGAAUAUAAGAACAUUUGUUUCACAGUAUGGGAUGUUGGUGGUCAAGAUAAAAUUAGGCCUCUCUGGAGGCAUUACUUCCAGAAUACCCAGGGUCUUAUUUUUGUGGUAGAUAGCAAUGAUCGUGAAAGAAUUCAAGAAGGAGCAGAAGAGCUACAGAAAAUGCUCCAGGAAGAUGAGUUGAAAGAUGCAGUGCUUCUGCUUUUUGCAAACAAACAGGAUUUGCCAAAUGCCAUGGCCAUCAGUGAAAUGACAGAUAAAUUAGGUCUUCAGUCUCUUCGUAACAGAACAUGGUAUGUUCAAGCCACUUGUGCUACACAAGGAACUGGCCUGUAUGAGGGACUUGACUGGCUGUCAAAUGAGCUUUCAAAACGUUAAAUGAAACUGGAUAUUUAACCAAGGACAUGUUUGAUAGAAUUGGUCUAGGCUUGUUACAACAAAAUUAGUUUGCAUCUUGGUUAUUAAACAGUACCUGGGACUGGUUUGGGCAUAAUAAACUUAUUUUGUUGCCAAUUAUUGUUUACCAAGUAUAAUGUUGCUAUUUAGCAAUAUGCUUGGUUUUGAAGAAAUUCUCCUUGGGGAAAAAGUGUCCUCUUUUAAUUUUACCUCCCUUUAGCCUAAAUGCCUGGACAUAGCUAUUGUGAAACCUUUAAAUAAAUCCAUUUUGAAUGUUUUUUGAGCCCUCAACAAUAAUGUUUUAAAGUUAUCCUCUUGCUACUUUACUGAUACCUUUAUCAUUCCUGGGACAGUCUGCUGAUAUAAAAAUGUAGCAUUCCAUUUGUAUUUAUUUCUCUCCCUUGCCAAAAAGUUUUUCUAAUACUAAUAGCUUGUACCAGCCAGGGAAAUGCUCCAAAACACUAUAAAACUCUCUUGCACUGAGGAACUUAUUUUUUUUUCCCAAUAUUGAUUCCUGGCCUCUGUCAGCCAAACUUUUGUGUAAUUUGGAUUUGAUAGCUAAUUAGUUCUGUGCUGGUUGCAAAGAGUUCAUAUUGAGAUGGUUUUUAAUACUCAGCAGAUUGUCUUCCUUUAUAUUGUAUCUUUUUUAUGUUGCAUGUUGCUUUUGGUAUCAGCCUGACUCUUUGCCCAGUAUAUGAUAGUUCUGCUGAUGUUUUAUUGUUUAUUGGUGAACAUAUCUUCAUUAAGAGUUUUUGGAAAACUCAUCAAAUUCAAUGAAUACAUUUUCUUCACAACCUAUUUGGAAUUAUUCCUAAUAAAAUGAUAAAA